AUGGCUACAAUUCAAAUCAGAGGGGGUUUGGUUAGGAAGUGGUUUGACAAAUCGUCUAGAACUGUCUGGAGUUUAAAUGGUUAACGAGAGCGGCUCCAUGCCUGCUGAAUCCGCCUACGGAAAUCGAAACUUACUGAUAUCGAAAGUAAGAAGCAGUUUCAGUGAAAACAGGAUGAGACGCUGCUACUUUUGAAUCUCAACGAGCAUCGCUCAACAUGGGUUCUGGUCAAAGUCCAUCAACGUACAGAAUAAUUUGCGCCCUGUGCAAAACAUCAGAUGAAACCGAAACCACUGGACCACUGUCAUCCAAAGAGGACAUCUCUGCACACCAAAACUGUUUGUUGUUUUCAUCAAAUAUCUACUGCAAGAACUCACCCACAUAUGAUGACCUGUUUGGUUUUGAUUUGGAAGAUGUAAAGAAAGAGCAGCGGAGAGGACAAAAACUUCGUUGUUACUUCUGUAACAAAACUGGUGCUACAGUAGGAUGUGAAAUAAAGCGAUGUCCACGAUCAUUUCAUUAUCCUUGCGCCAUAAAGGCCGAUGCCAGAGCAAUUGAAGACUUCUCUACAGGCACAUACAGAGUGUAUUGUAAAUCCCAUGAUCCAAACCCCAUAGAAAUAAAUGACGAAAUUGAUAACGAUGUUGACCUUGUGUUGGCUUCAGUGGAGAAACAUGUACCUGCAGAACAGCACAAUCAGUCAACUCCUGACCCUGAACGUACAAGGCCCAGUGAAGAAGUCAAGACACCAGCAAAAGCUUCAUCAAAUGGAGGUUUAACAUCUGAUCAGAGGUCUUGUGGGACAGCAGACAAGCGCAGGGUCAGAGCAUACAUAAUCUAGCACACAAUCUCCUUCUCAUAAACUAAUGGCAUUUUCCUUAGUGCAGUCGUCAUCAUCACCAUCUAAAAAACAGCCUGUAUUGAAUGUGAUUCUCAAGAACACUCCCCAGAACACAAAACACCCACCAAAAAGAAAAAAAAGAGACGUCUUGAAUACCCAGAUAAUGAAAACCCAACCAGUGCUGAUGCUGUAAUGGCUCCAGAAGUUUCAGCUCCAGAGGAGUCCAUGACUGUUAACCAACCCAACCAUUCCACUCCUCUGCCUGAAAAUACGAGGUCCUGUGAAAAGCUCAACCUAUCAACCACAGGUGCUGCUGCUGAUGAUGAGGAUGAUGAAACUGACAUUGAAUCAGAAGAGUCUCAGAGUGUGUUAACAUAUGAAACGGACCCUGUGCCAUGUAUUGUUAUUUUAGAUUCGGGACCCUCAUUGGAAUCAGAGAUCAGUCUAGAAUCUUGUUCUUCGAGAAAUCCUAGUCCAGCACAUGAGUUCGUCACUGUCCCUAAACAGGAGAAAAUAACACCCACAGAUAGAACCUCUCCAGCUCAAACUGUCACACCACAAGUACCUGCGCCAAACCAGAAGCGUGUGAGCGAUGGUCCAUCAGUGUCACCACAGCAUCCAAGCCCCACAGCAGGCUUAAGAAUAUCUGCAGUAUGCACACUAGCACAAUCUGCCAUCAAAAAAGAGCAGCUGUCAGAUCCUCCAGCAGAAGUAAGCACUAGUGAUUCACAAAGCACUGUGCCGAACUGCCAGACCCGAGCUGCCAAAUUCUGGACGAGAUGCAAUCAGGCCGGGUGGAGUGAAGGAAUCUUCUCAGAGCUCAUGUCUCUGCUGCAUAGCCUGGGACAAAGAGUGCAGUCGGGGCAAGCCAGUUACCAGGACUAUGAACUUGCUUUCGAAGCACUGAAGGGAUCUGGACAACUGCCUUCUAUCAUUGCUCAGAUAGAAAAAGAUUUAGAGAAGCAGGAACAGGAUUUACAGAUGAAAAAAGCAGCACUGUGUGAUGCCAAAGCUGCACUGGCUGAUUAAUAUAUUACUGUAUAAUAGUGUUGUUAUCAUGCAGUUAUUAUUGUUAAAAGGAACAAAACUUCCUUUCUGUUUAUAAUUCAAAAAACAUGAUCAAGCAGUCUUUUAUAAAUGAGUGAUGCACGAAAUGUUUACAAAAAUGUUAGGUUUAAGUUUUCGAUAGUUUUAGAUCAGUGACAACAAUAUCCUGAAAUGUACCACUGUAUUUUGAUAUCCGUUCUAUUUUCUAAAUAAACUGAAAAUUGCGGACAGUAAGAAA